AUGAGCAGCGAGGGCUCCGCAGCGAAGCCCAUCGCGUUGGACUCGGACUCGGAGUCGGAAAUGGCGCUGCACGCGACGGCCAGGAUCGACAACUGCGACGUGCUGAUUGGCCUGUUCCAGUGUGUGGUGGACCUGCUCUUCCAAGGCGACAGGAUGUGUAUGCGCAAUAUCCGAGGAAAGAACGAGAGCUGGCCACUGUAUAGUGUGGCCAAGGAGGUGGAUAGGACGAUAGACAUCGAGGUCGAAGAGCCAGAUCGCAUGGAGCAAUUGCUGGACGAAGCUUCUUUCAUGGCGUUCAAGCUGCCGUUUGCAAGUGUAGCUGAUGAGGCAGCCAUGAAGAUUUUCUACGACCCUGCAGACACUGGUAACACGGCGUAA